AUGGUAGGGUGUUGGAAGCACGAGAAAGAAGCUCUCAUUAAUAUCAAUGGUGCCUACUUCCACAACAGUUUACCUUGGGUAGACAGCAUCGACUGUUGCAAAUGGGAUAGGGUUGAGUGUAACUCCACCACAAGACGAGUGGUGAAACUUGAUCUUUCUAAUGGAAGUCAUUAUAAUCCUGGAUUAUGGCUUCUAAAUUACUCCCAUUUUCUUGCGUUUGAAGACAUGAAGAAUCUCAACUUGUCUUUCAACGACAUAUCUAGUUGCGUUGAAACCGAAGCGUCAGGACUAAAUAAUCUGGAGGUCCUGGAUUUGGGUUAUAAUUAUGGUACUGGCAAUAUUUUAUCAUGCGUGCUUGAGUCUUCAUCUCUUAAGGUUCUAAACAUACGAAACAACAAGAUCAGUUCAACUUCAUAUCAAGGGGAAUUGAAUGCUUGCUUAUUCUCCCAGUUGAUAAAUCUUGAGGUUCUUGACCUGACCAUGAGCGAAUUCAGCGACGACGAUGAUGACGUUGCAUCUGCUUUGAGUGCCCUUCCAUCUCUCAAGUCUUUAUCUUUAGUGUUCUGUCGAUUGAAUUCGAAAUCAAUUCAUAGUUUGUCAAAACUGAGGACAUUGGAGAUCCUUGACUUGGCUAUGGUCGAGUUGGAAGACAGUAACUUAUGGUCUUCAGGACUAAGUGGAAAUAGUUUCAGCAAAAAGAUCUUUUCUUCUCUAAGCGGCCUUCGACAUCUCAAAUCUGUUGAUUUAAGCAGAAACCAAUUGGAAGGAUCUUUGAACAUUAGUGGAUUGGCACCAAGCAAUUUGGAAAUUCUUGAUUUCAGUCAGAAUGAUAUCACUAAUCUUCUUGUCAAUCAAGAUUGGUCCGGGCUUAAGACGCUGAAGGAAUUAUACAUAGGCGCCAAUAAUUUCAAGGGGCCACUUCAACCAUAUUUUGCUAACUUCCAAUCCCUUAAGAUGUUGGAUCUUUCUUAUAAUUACUUCACUGGAAAUAUUGGUUCUAGCCUUGCAAGUCUCACAUCCCUAGAAUAUCUUGCUUUUGAAGGAAAUCAAUUUGAAGUCCCUAUUUCAUUCACACCUUUUUUUAAUCAUUCAACUCUUAAGUUCAUCUAUGGCAAUGGGAACAAAGUCAUACUGGACUCACACUCUACUAUGGACAAAUGGGUUCCGAAAUUCCAAUUGCAAGUCCUCAGUUUGUCUUCAACGACUAAGUCCCAUUCUCUCCCCCUUCCAAGCUUCCUUCAUUACCAAUACAAUUUGACAUAUCUGGAUUUCAGUGGAUGGAAACUUGAGGGAGAGUUUCCAAAAUGGUUGCUGGAAAACAACAAAAAAAUGACAAACCUUGUUCUUAAAAAUUGUUCCUUUACUCAAUUCCAGCUGCCAUCUCAUCCCCAUCUCCACCUGGAAGAAAUGGAUGUAUCUGACAAUACAAUAACUGGUCAAAUCAUGGGGUACAAUAUCAGUUCAUUUUUUCCCAAAUUGGAAAUUUUAGAUAUGUCUGCAAAUGCAAUCGAUGGUCCAAUUCCUCGUGAAUACGGCCAAAUGAAGUUACUGAAAAUAUUGGAUCUCUCAAAUAAUCGUUUCUCAGGAGAAAUUCCACAUGAGCUAAUCAACAUGAGCUCAUUACAGACAAUUGAUCUUUCUCAUAAUCAAUUGUCUGGAGAAAUAACAAAGGCCAUAUUUGGAGUUCGUCACCAAUCCCCAGGACACAUCUCUUCAUUAGAUAUAAGCAAUAAUCAAUUGGUCGGAAAAAUUCCAAGCCUCAUUAAAAAUAUCUCAGGAUUGGAGCAACUUCGUAUGUCCAAUAAUCAUUUUGAAGGAUCUAUUCCGCCGGAAUUGGCAGAACUUAAAAAUCUUAUGUAUCUAGAUCUCUCCCAAAAUAAUUUGAUUGGUGUCGUUCCACCUUUUGUAGGUUCUUGGGUGAAAGUUAUACAUUUGAACAACAAUUAUUUAUGUGGAUUGUCCAAAAGAAUGUUCCGUGGAAGCUCUUCCUUGGAGAUGCUAGACCUUAGCCAUAAUGAAGUAACCUAUAGCAUUCAAGAUAUGGUAGAAGACCUUAACUCUACAUAUUUGAAUAUUCUUUUAUUGGGAGGUAAUCACUUCAAUGGGGAUAUACCAAGGCAGUUAUGCAACUUGAUAGACUUAAACAUACUAGACCUUUCUCACAACAAUUUAACUGGUGUGAUACCCAAAUGCUUGGGUGAAAUGCCUUUCGAGAAUGCAAACGCUCAGAGUCGAAGAAAGACUUAUGGCACCAUUCAUCGUGAGCCAAAUUCAAGAUUUUACAGACAGUUGCCAAAUGUGCAAGUAAAUUUCACUACAAAGGGGAGAACUGACAGUUACAUAGGGAUUGUCCUUGCUGUCAUGUCUGCAAUUGACUUAUCCCACAAUAAACUUCAGGGGAAUAUCCCAUCUGAGCUUGGAAACUUGAAAGGAAUUUUAUCAUUGAACUUGUCGCAUAAUGAUUUGACGGGGCAUAUUCCAACUACAUUCUCCAAUUUGCUACAAACAGAGACUUUGGAUCUUUCAUUUAACAAGUUGAGUGGCCAAAUUCCUCCACAGUUGAAUGAAUUAACCUCCCUUUCUUCAUUCAGUGUAGCUUACAAUAACUUGUCUGGCGCAAUUCCUGAAAGAAAAGGACAAUUUAUGACGUUUAAAGAAACCUGCUUCAGGGGUAAUCCGUUACUUUGUGGACCUCCACUGACAAAAAGUUGCAAUCCUUCAUCUGUUAUUAUCUCAAAUGACUCGGACAGUGACGGAGAGAGUGGUAGUUGGGUGGACAUGUUUAUUUUUUGUGUGACCUUUGCCGCGUCAUACACAUCAUUUUGGUUGGUAACUGCAGUAGCUUUGCACAUUAAUCCUUACUUGAGUCAAGCAUGCUUUUACUAUGCAAAACUGGUGAGCCUGAAGUGCUACUACUUUGUCAAGGACAAGUUCUGCAGGUUUUGUAAAAUUGGAAAUGUGUAA